GUCAUUCAUCACUCUGGCGUAUCCCUGCAUCUACACAUACAUACACAUUCUCGCCACUCUUGCUGGACACCAGGCCGUCCACCAUGGCUCCCACUGUCGACACAACGGAGUUGGAACAGUCAUUCUUCAGAGCUCGUGCGGCACGGCACCAUGAGCCGUUUCCCGAAGAGGAUUGUCCACCCCUCAGACUCAACACCAGAACCCUCCUUGCUACCACCGCUGUCUGUGUUGUCUAUUUCGCUCAGCUCAUCGCAAUCAUGGGUGCCACUGCUGUAAGUCCGCUGUUGACUGUUCCGAUCAGUUGAGAAUUACUUCUGACCUGCCCUUUCUUGCCCAGCAAGCCAGAGAAAUCGCGAAGGCUUUCGAGGCCUUGGACUACGCAGUCUGCUUCCCUGUGUCUCUCACCAUACUUCCUGUCCUUCUCGGACCCAUCUUCUCUCAGGCUGCCGAAAGCGUGGGCCGCAAGUGGUUCCUCGUGGCCCCGACUGUCAUGGGCGGAGUAGGCUCCGUGAUUGUGGCCACUGCUCCUUCGUUUACCGUGGCCAUCCUUGGUCACUGUGUCAUGGGCUGCGGCCUCGCCAACCAGCCACUACUGUUCACUAUCAUCGCUGAGAUUCUGCCUCGCCGCUGGAGAAGUUUCGGUCACGCCAGCCUCAUGGUCACCAGUUGCCUCGGAAGCACUGUCGGACUUCUUGUAGUGGGAGGCAUUCCUCCCCAAGACCAUUUCGGAGCCUGGCGGACCUACUACUUUGUCAACCUCGGAUGCCACGCCGUCGGGGUCCUCUUUGCAGUCCUGGCAUAUCGUUCUCCAAGCCCAGAUAUGCCUGAGGUUGUUCAAAGGAGGGAGCUUACGAGAAUGGACUGGCCUGGGUACACCAUAUUGUUCUUUGCGCUCUCCGCUUUCAGCGCCAGUUUCUUCAUCUCCCACGCACCCACUUCGGCCGAACAAGACUCGGCAAUCCCAGGCUUUCUCGUGGGUCUGCUGAUGGUCAUCGCCCUGCUUAUUUAUGAGCUCGUCGGACGGAAAGAUGGGUUUCUGAAUCACAACCUAUUCCUGCACCGCAACUUCGCACUCGCCACCUUGUCACUCUUUGGGGCAGGGGUGUCAUUCGCCGCUUUCGAGUGGUGCUUUCUCACCCAGACCGUUAAUCUGUAUGAUGCGGAUCCUUUCCUAUCUGGCGUGCGCUCCAUUGUCACGUUGGUCUCCGCCAUGAUCGCAGCGCCCCUUGCAGCUUGGUAUUGUUGUGCGAAGAGGAAGAUCAGAGGUGCAAGCGUAGUCGGAUUCGCUGCGUGUCUCGCAUUCUACAUUGCCAUGGCGCACACAGAUCAGACUACCAACAUCCAGACGUGGAUCUACCCUACCUUCUUGGGAGCGGCAAUGGGAAUUCUGAUGGUUACCCUGCCCACCUCCGCACAACUCAGCAUUCCAAGUCAGCUCCUCUCAAUGGGCACCGCUUUGCUCAUCUGCGGCUUCAUACUGGGCCGGUCCAUUGGCUUCAUCAUCUACGACCACCUCGUACAAAGUGCCAUGGUGGAAGGUUACCCAGCCAUCGUCCACAGACUGCUUUACUCGGGAUCGCCGAAGGAAUUCGCAGACGAGGUCAUCACUUACCUGAAGUCCAACCAAGCCGGACCCCUACCAGACGUGCCGGGUUUGACAGACGCCAUUCUUGACGAUGGUAUGGCUGCACUAAAGGCCUGCUAUGUGGCUGCAUUCAAGAAGGCCUGGAUUGCCGCUGGCUGUUUUGCUGGAGUAUCGAUGUUGACUGCCUCCCCGAUGGACAACCCUGAAGAGCAGUUCACAAUGAAGAUCGACGUGCCUCUUGAAAGCACCGCUGAAGUGGAGCCGAAGCCGUGACUGGCCGAGAUUGUCGACCGGGCGAAGUUGUACUUUUUAGCAAGAGCUGCCUUCCAGGCCCUGGAGAAACGUUUGCAGGAGGACAGGCCCUGGCCCGAUCCCCGUGCAUAAGUCGCUGGGUGGGCAAAAGGCCAAAGCCGACAUGGAGAUGGACAUCAAGAAGUUUGGGAGGCCGAUGAGGUGAUAAUGUGCCAUGCAGGGUGUCUAGAGAGUAUUCAAUAGUUCUUUCUUAAGCAAUGCAGACACCCAAUACUUACACUG